AUGACAGGGAAAGUCGUUUACAAUGCAAAGGUUGACUAUGACCUUCCUGAUCUCGAUCUCUUGAGUGUUCUAUUUGAAUCUACCCAUGUACCGUCUGAUGAUUCCACAGUACUUCAUGUGGAGGCAAGCCAUCCGGAUAACUUCAUUACCAAAGCGCAGACUGCCUCAUACACCAAACGUGUAGCCCAUAUUCUGCGACAUCAAUACCAGAUUGGGGCUUCCGGGCCUGGAAAAGACGUCGUUGUUUGCAUCUCCUCUGGCCAAGUUCUCCUCCCUACUAUCUUCUACGGUACAAUCGCAGCGGGGGGCAUUUACAGCGCUGCGAGCAGCAGCCUGACGACUUCGGAGGUGAAGCGCCAGAUUGAAGAUGGGAAAGCGACCCUCUUGAUAACAUCUCCUGAUUGUCUUAAAACCGCCAAAGAAGCCGCUCAGCAAGCCUGCUUGCCUUUGGAAAGAAUUGUAACGCUCGAUAGCGUCAAUGGAAAGAGGAGUCUUCUCUCACAUACGGGCAAAGAUUUGAUGUCUGGACCUUCAAAAGAGCUUUCAUGGGAGAAGAUCACAAACCCGAGUGUUCUAGCCAAGCGCACCAUUUGUCUUGUCUAUAGCAGUGGGACGACUGGAGCACCGAAAGGCGUCAUUAUCACGCAAGCAAAUAUGGUAGCCUAUGCCAUUGCUAUCGGUUACAGCCAUCGCGACUUUGUUCGCCGCCAACGAGCCCAAGAUCCAACUUUCUCCUUUCAGUAUCGAACGCUUGCCCAUGUCCCAGCUGCACACAUCGCCGGUAUGCAGGGUUAUUUCAUCCAUCCAGCCGUGCAUGGUGGAACGGUCUUCUGGAUGCCCAAGUUCGAUUUCACUCAGUUCAUCAACUACAACCGGAGCCUCGAGAUUACCACAUUUUUCAGUGUCCCUCCCAUCUAUCUCCUAAUAUCCCAAAGCCCCCAGGUAACAGAUCACUUCCGGACCCUUUAUCAUGCGUUAUCCGGGGCAGCACCCAUGGGCCCUGAACUUACCAAGGCUGUGGAGAAAAAGCUGGGCUGCACUGUAUCGCAGGUCUGGGGCAUGAGUGAGACGACAGGGAGUGUUACUAUACAGCCUUGGGACGAAAAGGAUGAUACGGGGUGCAUAUCGGAGAUUCAGCCCAAUACUAAGUUACGUAUUCUUGACGAUGAAGAGAAUGACGUGGAAGAUGGCCAUCCUGGUGAGCUCGUGGUUCAAGGCCAGACAGUAUCGCCAGGAUAUUGGGAAAAUUCGAAAGCAACGGAGGAAGCCUUCACGAAGUGCGGUGAAUGGUUUAAGACUGGAGAUAUAGGCCUCCGUCGAAACAACAAGUUCUACAUUGUUGAUCGCAAGAAGGAACUCAUCAAAUAUAAGGGACUCCAAGUUGCCCCUGCGGAAUUGGAAGCACUUUUGCUAACCCACCCUCUCAUUGUGGAUGCCGCUGUCAUUGGUAUACCGGUGCCGGGAGAGGAUGGUAACGAAGUCCCAAGGGCUUAUAUUGUAGCAGACCCUACAAAGGUGUCAGGAGGGGACGUCCAGGCUUUCGUCAAGCGAGAACUUGCCUCUUAUAAGCAAUUGCGUGGUGGUGUGGUCUAUCUCAACGCAAUUCCGAAGAGCCCGACUGGCAAAAUUCUGAGAAGAGAGCUUCGUGAGCUUGUGAAGAAGGAGUCUCGAGGAGCCCGACUUUAA